CUCAGGUGAUCUCACGGUCAAAAUCCUGGACGUGAAUGACAACAGUCCCCAGUUUCAAGACAUGGCUGACCGGACCUUCAACGUCACAGAGAACAUGCCGAAGACGUCCAUCAUCAACCAGCCGAUCCUGGCUACGGACAUAGACGAGAACGCCACCAUCACCUACAGCGUCACAGGUGGAGGUGGUCUGGUGGAUAUUGACCCGAACACGGGCCAGCUGUUUGUGUCCGGCUCCAUUGACCGCGAGACGGACCCGACCAUCGACAUCACUGUGAAGGCCACUGACGCCGGCGUGCCUUCGAGGGACAAUUCAACUCAGAUCUCGAUCGUUGUGCUCGAUCAGAACGACAACGGUCCCGAGUGGCUGGAGGUUCCCAGUGACGUGGAUGGGCUCAAUGUCACAGAGAACGUGAAGGGCGCCGCCGUCUACACCCUGACCGCCACAGACAUCGACGACGGUCCAGAGUACAACAAAAUCACAUACAGUCUGAGUGCCGCCGCCAUGAAGAACUUCACCGUGGACGGUGAGACGGGCGAGAUCUCCGUGAAGAAAGAUGCUCACCUCGACAGGGAGGUGCUGGCCGACCAGAACUUCGUCAUGACCAUCCAGGUGUUUGCCGGCGACUUCUGUGACGAGGACGGCAACUGCGCCCACAAGGUGGAGAACCUGCUUCGGGUGACGGUGCUGGACGACAAUGACUCGCCUCCCCAGUUCCCCGACCAGGACGGCUACCUCUUCGACGAGCCGGAGACCACCAAGUCGGACACGCAGCUGGUUGGUGUGGCCGCCUCGGACGCUGAUCAGGCCGACAGCCCGGCCUCCACGCUCACCUACCGGCUGCUGGACACCGCGGCCAGCAAGACGGGCUGCCCGGACAGCGUCCAGCAGCUGUUCACCGUGGAGACCAGCGGCAAGGAGGCGCUGGUCCGCGCCGGCCGCGACCUGCAGGACUGCUGGGGCGUGUACAACAUCACCCUGGGAGCCACCGACGGCGAGGAGCCCUUCAACAGCGGCACAAAGCAGUACCAGGUCCGCGUCAAGGACAUCAAUGACGCGCCGACUGUGACGUCGCCCGGUGACGGCUUCGAGCUGGAGGUGCCCGAGGACACGUAUCAGAAGGGCGACGCCGUGCCGGUGGUGAUGCCCAACGGCACGGCGGUGGUCGUGUGCGCCUCCGACCCGGACGACCCGGACACGGAUAACGCGCGGCUGUCCUACAACCUGGACGGCUCGACUCCGGAUGACGCCGCCACGCUGUUCUACCUGGCGCUGGAGCCGAAGAGCGGCUGCCAGUCGCUGAUGCUGCGCGGUCAGCUGGACCGGGAGGGCCCCAACUCCCAGUACGACCUGCACGCCGCCGCCCUGGACAGCGGCACGCCGCGACUGCAGAGCAUGGUCCACAUCCGCGUCACCGUGGGGGACGUGGACGAGUUCGCCCCCGAGUUCACCGAGCGCUACAACAACGACACCCACUUCACCGAGGGGAACGACACCAAGGCCGACGUCAAGGACAUCACGGCCAAGGCGCAGGAUGACGACCAGACGGACAUCAUCUUCUACUUCCUGGUGGGCGGCGACCGAGACACGUUCGAACUGGUGAACUCGAGCGCCGAGACGCCGCAGCUGCGCAACCUGAAGGAGCUGGACCGCGAGACCAAGGACCGCUACAGCCUGAUCCUGAAGACAACCCGGGAGAACAAGCAGCCGCCGGACGUUGAGGUGUUCGAUCCGUCGGACCCCUCGCAGCUCAGCCUGACCGUGGUCGUGGACGACAUCAACGACGUGACGCCCAGCUUCGGCGAGCGGCGCUUCAUGGGCGGGAUCGCGGCCGGCGACCAGCAGACCACCAUCCUGCGGCUGCAGAGCGACGACGCCGACCUGGACGACCCGACCACCUACGCCAUCGUGUCUGAGUUCACCGCCAGCGACCCCAGCAUCUCCAACAUCAGCCAGCCCUUCCGCCUGAACUCGCCCGACACCGCCGCGCUGCAGCUCAACUUCGACGUCAGCGACGGCAUGGACGGCUACUUCGACUUUGACGUGUCGGCCACGGACACCGCCGGCCACAGCGACACCACCUCGGUCCGCAUCUUCAUCAUCGUGGAGGCCGAUCGCGUCAAAUUCGUGUUCGCCAACCAGGCUGCGCUCGUCGAGAACCAGCAGGACAAAGUGGCCGACAUUCUGACGGACGUGUUCUCGGUGGACGGCCAGGAUUACGUGGCCAACGUGGAGACGGUGACCGAGUGUCCGGACGGGCCGCAGCCCUGCACCAACAUGAUCACUCACUUCAUCGACAUGGCGCUGCCGGAGCCGGUGCUGGCCAGCGUCAUCAUCAACCUGCAGUUCCAGGGUGACGUCACCAAGAACCUGCUGCAGUCGCUGGGCCAGCUGAACCUGAACCUGACGGCCAUCGGGGACACGACCGUGCAGCCUCCGGACGACAACGACACCGUCUUCCAGAUGCUGCUGAUCGUGGUGGGCUCGGUGCUGGGCGGCAUCCUGGCGCUCACCUGCAUCACCUCCUGCAUCCACACGCGCAAGCUGCGCCGCCAGGUGAAGGCGCUCUCCAUUAACGCGUUCGGCUCGCGCGACUCGGGGAUGCAGGCGGCCGGUCUGGCCGUGCCCGGCACGAACGUCUACCAGGGCGCCAACCCUAUCUACGACACAGAGGAGCGGGCCGCAGACGCCGGCAGUGUGUCCAGUGGGGACUCGGUGCUGAUCGGGGUGGAGGACGCCCCUGAGUUCGCCAGCUCGGGCCAGCGGCGCGGCCAGCCCGUCUCGCACGCCAACCCGGCCUACCAGCCGGAGUCGGAGCAGGCGGCGGAGCCCGCCGACCGGCUGGACGUGGACCCGGGCGUGUUCGACGAGAACAGCCGCCACCACAUGCCCACCUUCGAGCCGGACGACGACGACGAGCCGGCCGCCGGCCAGUCGCCGUUCGCCGGGAGCGGCGGGUCGCCGUUCGGCGGCGGCGCCACCCAGAACCCGCUGUUCGGGGCCGAGAUGAGCGCCGACGGCGACCUGAGCGACGGCGGCACGCACUUCUGAGCGGCGGCGGCCGACUCGGGCGAGCAGCGGCCGAAACCCCGGGAGGAGGUCGCUGCAGAGCGGCCGAACCCCCGGGAGGAGGGCGCCGCAGAGUGGCCGAAACCCCGGGAGGAGGGCGCUGCAGAGUGGCCCAACCCCCGGGAGGAGGGCGCUGCAGAGUGUCGGGGAUGAGUUGUUGGGAAUGUGUGGAGAACGCGGGAAGUGCUGCGGGUAUUUCGGGGCCAAUGUUGAUCGAUACCUAUGGUACACCUGCGCCUGUGGUGCCUACAUAUAGCGGGUUGGAGUGAAGGCGAGGUGCCUGAUUGGGCCACCACUGCGGCGGGUUCGUGGGAGGCGGCGCCGGAGGGGGCGAUCAGAGGGGAGCCGCGCCUGGCAGGGGUGACAGUGCGCCAGGUGAGGUCUGUGAUUCUGAGGGCGCCGACAGACCACAGGGAGGCUAGGCGAGUACGGGACCAGUGAGUGCACCCCGGGGCGGUCCGGCUGACUGGCCAGCUGUGGAAAACAGGCCAAAUUAGGUAUAGGGACAAUGAGUAGUAGGGGUGGAAUCAGUCAGCGCCCAGCGGAUCCCGUGUGAAUUAUAUCUGACAUGACACGGGUGGGCUGUUUUCGUGUAUCAACCUUAGGACGAGUGAUCCAAGACGCGGCGAUACUGCCGUCUGUGCCGCUCGGUGAUUGAUUUGUGAUAGGGACUGGGUAGGUAUAUGCUGGGGGCGUGGAACGACGCGCCAUGUUUUUCACGAUGAAUUGUGUCGCAGUCGCUUACUAGUCCACUAAAUGCAUCACGGGUGAAUUCGUUUUAUUAUUAGGGUUGUUGUUACUGACGAGUUGUAGUGGGUA